GCGAGUUCGGAGGUGGAUUCUUCUUUAUAAAGAUCCCCGGAUUGCUUGAAAUAAUUGUGUCUGCCCUAAGGAAUUUACUAUCAGCCUUAAGAGGUCUUUGAAGAAUAAAAGUUCAGUCUCAAGUUUUCGGUCAAUAAUCGUGUAAAGAAAAUGAGUACUUAAGAUUUCUUGAAAAACUAAAAAGUGUUUAGCCAAAGUAUUUGAAAUCCAUUAAGCAUAAAGAUUACUUAAAGAACUACAAAACUAUCUGAAGGACCUUAUUACCAUUGAAUUCAAUGAUAUAUAUAUCCUAAAAAAAACAAGUGGCUUAAGAUUUUCCAGAAAGUAUUUCCCAAGUUAAAGAAUAUUGCUUUAAAUACUAAACUCUACGUGAUGAGGUUUCCUUGAGGAUUGUAUGUGAGGAAUUUCAUACAGAAAUUUGAAAGAAUUUAAAGGUGGUUAGACAAACAUAAAUAUAUACGCGGAAAAAAAAAAUAUCCUGAGUAAAUUUUUGUGUCUUAAAACUCCAUAAGAAUUUCUCGAGCAAACCCCGCUCCAUGGUUGCUAAACUACAAUGUCGGAACACGUGAGCCGGGACUUCAAUUGGCUGCACUUCCUGCUGUCCAUGUGGGCAGUGUUGCAGGUGACCCUCUGCCAGCCGUAUCAGCUGCCACACCGCUGCUCAAAUCGCUUGGAGAACGCCCUGGAGCACAUGCGACGUCGCAGUGUCCAGACCAAGAGCUCCUCCGCCUCGCGAGCCAUGUGGGAGCCACCGCCCCAGAGUCCAUACCAGCUGUACCACAGUUUCUACGGCCAGCACAGCGAGCCGGAGGACGACUUCUACAAUGUGGGCGGCUACAGUACGGGGCGUGGCUACCGGGCCAAGCUGCUCCACAAAAGCGGGCAGGCCUUUCCCUUCGCCGACUCCAGUAGCAGUGGAGCCCUGGAGCUGGAGGAUUUGCUGGCAGUCAACCAGGAAUCCCAUCAGGCGCAGCAGAACAGGCAGCCCCACAAGCUGGCCAUUUCCCGCGUGGAUGUGGAGGACCUCAAGGUGCGAGUGCCGCCGGCCAAGUCAGCGAAUCGCUGGGUGGAGAUCGACAAGUGCAAGUUCAGCACGGAGAACUCCACGCUGGACACGCGGCUGAUCUUUCCGGAUCUCACGCUCAGCGGGAAGGUGGUGAUGCAGCCGAUGGGCGGCAGGUGCCACAUGAUUCUGAGACUGAGGCACGCUGGCAUCGAGUUCCGCACCGUUCCGUUGGGCUACGAAUCCGGAGCGGGCUCCUCCGCCUAUGAGCAGUCCAGGAGAUUGGGAGCCGCCUCGGUGCGAACGGACUCCCACUUCGCCGAGCCCGGCUUCAUAUCCGUGUUUGCCCACGGAUGCCAGGGACCCACUGGGAUACGGCUGCGUCAGAACUCCAAGCGGAGAUUCGGGACCACUCCGGAGGUGGAGCUGGGUGAGCCGCAUGUGAUACUGGGCGGCAAGCGACCGCAGAGAUGGGGCAAGCUGCACCACCAGCAGCCCGGCUACGACAUCCGACUGGGGCAGAGUCCACAGCGGGAGCACAGCCUGGAGCUGGGCAGCGAUAGCCAGGCGCAGGAUUCGGGUGAGUUCGUCGAUGUGAACGGCGACAACUUCUACCGGCGGCAGUUUAGCAAGAAGAGGAGGCGCCGGCGGCGCUACGCCCGGGAGAACCUCGAUGACCAGGUGCACUUCAGCGGGGAUGUGCUGCACUUCGAGGACGAGCAGCUGCAGCAGCUGGUGGAGCCGGAUGCCCGGGCCUUUGCGGACAUCUUCAGCGGGAGUGGAUCGAGUGGGGAUCGCGAGGAGCUGGUGGGCGAGGCCAUGUCCCACGAGCUGGAGAAGCUGUUCUCCAUGGGAGUGCGGGGUCUGCUGACCACCUACAUGCAGCGGGCCCUCCAGCCGGCCAUCAAGGAGACCCUGAUGGAGAACAUGGGCUACACCCUGAGCUACGGCUGAGGGCCACUGCCCCUCCUAGUUUAAGCCCUCUAUUUAUGUCCGAUGCAGCAGAAAUAAAAGCGAAUCUAAGCGAAUCUUACCAGCUUGGCCGUAUCCAUGGAUCGAUGGCGAGUUGAACUUGUGGGGUAUUCACUAAUUGGAUUGCACCUGGCUGCUGGACAUCAAUAGUCCUCAAUUAUUCAGAGCUCGAUGGCUUUCACUUGUCGCAGAUCAGCGCG